AUGGUGCUGUUGACACAUUCCACGGUCUCAGUCAUUGUGUCUACGGGGAUAUUCGUCAUAUUCACAUCUCUACUUUUCCUGUCAGGCUAUGCACUACAGCAGCAGUCCGUACGAAAUAUCCAACAUGCGAUUCGACCGCCAGACCAGCCAAAGGCACAUUUAUACACACGAAGCACCCAAGAUCCUCUAUCAGAUCUAGACUUGGACGCGCAGCAAGAAGACAUAGAAGAGCUGCAAAUGAGAAAGCCCGCAGAGAGUACUGGCAACUAUGCAUACCUACAACUCCUCUCCGAACCUGACCCCUCCAACAUCUGCUCCGCAAUCCUCUUCUUCAAACAACUCUCCACAAACGGCACAGCCAUCCAAGACCGCCUGUUCAUGUACCCACGAGAAUGGGACAUCAUGACGCUCUCUCAGCCCGUCUCAACAGCGCUCUCACUCCUUCGCGCCGCAAGCCUCAAAUACGGUAUCUGGCUCUUACCGAUUGACAUGAAGGCUGCGACCUCGGCGGGGUACACUAUCACAGAUACGAAGCUGCUGCGUAUAGGCCAAAUCCAGUUUAUGCAAUAUGACGGUGUUCUUUUUCUCCAGACGCCUGGCCUCUUACUCGACUCCACAAAGCUGGACUCCAUGUUCACGUCGCGACCGCUACCUCUUCGACACGACAAGAAUAGAGUCGAGUCAUAUAACAACAAAGCAUGGAUACCCGUGCCUCUGCGUGCUGAGCGAGACGCGGACCUCCCGCCCGUAUACCUCAUAACAGUCAACAGUAUCGAGAACGGCAACAUCGAGGCGCGCGGACAUAUCCCUAAUGUAGCUCUCGAUGGAUUUGGGCGCAUAGUCACGGGCCCCUGGGGCGUACAAUCAGGAGAUCCAGGUUAUGUGUUCUUCGAACGUGACAACGAUGGUCAGGUGAAGUGGGAGCACAACCCACUGUUCGGUUCCUGGCGAGCGCAACAGUACGAGGUUUGUGAUGGGCUUGAUCUGGAUAAUGUUCAUGAUUAUGAUGAUGAUCUUUGA